AGCAGCGUCCCCGUUGCCGCGGUAACGGCGAGGAACGAGGUGGAGGAGGCCGCGGUUCGAGUGCCGCGCCGGGAGGUCGCUCCCCGUUGCAGCAGCAGGAGGAGGAGGAGGAGGACGAAGAGGCGAUGGAGGCAGCGACCGAGUCCGUGGUCACGCUCGGAGAGGCCGAGGGCUUUGUGCAGUCGCUGGAACCAUUCCCCAUGUUGGAGAUCGCCUCCCCCAGGUGGAUGAUACAGCACACGUAUAUCGAGAAACUCAAUAUAGAGGCGAUUUUGCAGGCAAUCAAUAAAGGUGAUGAGUUUGUGAAGGAGUUCCUUGUCACAUAUGAAAAGACCUGCGUCCUUGUCCAUGAGGUUUUAGCAAUAGAGGUUUGGAAGCGAAAAAUAUUCCCUAUUAUUUGUCGUGUGAAAGAUUUUGAAACGAAAGCGACAUUUCCCAUAUACAUGGUGAUUCGUCAUGAGGCAACCAUAGUGAACCUGUUUGAAACUGUCUUGUACCAUAAGGACGCAGUGGGGUCUCUGGACGAUCAGGCACUAGACCUGCUGGACUACGCGCACAGGAAGGUGACGAUGUUGGUGGCGCGGCACCAGCAAGGGCAGUUACAACCAGAGAAGGCGCGUGACAAACCAUCGCCCAUCCACGCCUCCUCCUUAGAGGAGGUGAAGCAGCAGAGCGAUGAUUUGGAGUUUAAUAUUUCUCUGAAGUGUGUCUCGAUUCUACGGUACUUGAUUGAUUACCUGGACAGCCUGCCGCUGUCUGUGCACACGCGCAUGCUCAACACGCACAACGUGCCGGUGCUGCUGGUGCAAUUAUUAGAAAAUCGCCCCUGGAUCCGCACCAACAAAGACGGUGCUGUGGAACUCUAUGUGGACAACGGGUGGCGUGCGCGGAGCAGUGACGAAGUCUUUAAGUUGUCUAAACUCGAUGGCCAGCUGUGGAUCGCCAUCUACAACCUCGUGCUGCACAAGGAGAGCCUGCGCAAGUACGACUGUAAUGCCUACAACAAAGGACAGCUGCUCAAGCUCCGUGGAUUUCUGACGGAAGUGCUGGUCGAUCAGUUGCCUUGUCUGAUGGACCUACAAAAGUUUCUCAAUCACCUGGCCAUGGUGGAUCCCGCACCUCCCAAGAAAGACCUUAUUAUUGAGCAGAUCCCGGAAAUUCGGGAAAAAUUCCUGCGUGAAAAUGAAAACAAGUGGAAAGCCAUUGCUAAGUACCAGAUGAAGAAUGCCUUCACGCCAUCAGAAGCGGAGCUUCGGCAGCAAGCUCAAAGGUGGGUGGAGAUGUACAAAUCGGAUGUGAUGGAGGCCCUGCUGCCGGAGGAGGCGCGCUGCUGCGUGUGCGGAGCCACGGCCAAGAAGCGCUGCUCGCGCUGCCGCAACGAGUGGUACUGCAGGAGGGAGUGUCAGGUGCAGCACUGGCCAAAGCACAAGAGCGUGUGUAGUCUGUUGGUUGAGGAGCUCAGUAAGAAGCUCACUCUUGCAGAGUGAGCCACAUGCUGGUGAGUAGAUUACUGGGCGCAUGUUCUGACUGGUAACAUGACCCGAAGAGAAAAGUCAUCGCAUAGUCUGUAAGGCUGAAGUUAUCACCAUCGGCAUCAUUAAGAAGCGCUGCUUCAUAGAUCAACAAUAAUAUUAAUAUAAACCAAUGUUUGGACAAUGGCCUUUCAGAGAAAAGACAGUGCUAAAGAGGUCAUUGAUCAACUGUUAUGUUAUUUUAUAUUUCUCAACAUUGUCAACAGUGGUUAUACAAUGGAAAGAAUCGCCCUUGCCACAGAAAUUUGGAAUUGUCACCACUGGAUCAGGGGCACAAAUAGGUGAAAUAAGUGCUGCCCCUAAACUAAUUUAAGCAGAGAGGUGAUUUGGCAUGACAAUCGCGGUAUUGUAUUUAUUAAUGACAAUGGUGGGAUCAUAUGACCAGCUUGUGUUCCCAAAACACUGCCAAUGCAGUCCUCAGAAUGAUAUCGUUUCUCCAUAUGCAUUCUUUUGGAUGUAAUUGUUGCUUUGAGAAACAAAAGCUUUCGACUUUUACAGAAUCCACUAAAUUACUCUUGAUAUGGACGAUAAUUGUAGUUUCUACAUAAUUAAACACAGUUACCCAGUAAAUGUGUUUGCCAUUUAGUGUGUACCAAGUGCAUAGUACAGACAUUGAUCAACAUUGCAAUUAUUUAACUCCAAUGGCAAUUCAAUUUAUUGAUGGUAAUUUUUUUAUGUAAGUGAAUUUGACAAUUAUAGCUGUUGCAACAUAGUCCUAAGACCAGACUAUAAGUUGGCCUAUGGAAGGCAGUACAGAAAAUAGGUUGUUGACCUAUUCUGCUUAUUUACUAUUAACUCGUCAUAUGGAUUAGUUUCAUCCGUGAAUCUCAAUGUACUCUCAUCCAAAAAAAUAUCUCCUAAAGAAUUUACCCAACAUCUAGGCAAGACCUACCUAAAAAUAAUCUGGACACUCAGGAUUUUCUGGGUAAAUAGAAUAUUUUUAUUAUUUAAUUACAUUACUGAUUUGCAUUUUAUGGUUGAAAUAUAGAUUUCAAAAGCCCUUUUUUGGAUAAUGCAAAAAUAAAAGUAAUCAGAUUUCAAAUUCACAUUUCAAUUAACUCAGAGGAGUGAUGCCACGUGAGACAUUAAUAACGCCAUCUCCUUACAGUGCCCGACUGCUGAGAAUGAUAUAAAUACGCUCAUAGAUUACCUCUUCCUGCCCUUGCCUCCGGGGAAUUUAAAACCAAGCAGUCGUUAAAAAAACACAUUAACAUUUCUCCUGACCCUUACAUGGAAAUGUAUAAAAUGUAACAGCAUAGCGAAAAGUUAACAAAGCACAUCUCUAAAAAUAACUAAGACUGUGAGAUAAGUGAGAAAAUUAUGUAAAUAACAUAAAUACUAAAGUGCUUUGCUGUUUGUACAAGAGCCUGGAUGUAGUUUUUUUCAUCACAGUUGCUGAGAACAGGUCCAAAGACCUGAAAUGCAAAGCGGCCAGAAACCAAGAGCAUUAUUGUAGUAUAGCAUAUAGGAACUAACCUACUUCAUAAAAAGAGCAAGGUUAUACGAGCUGGGCUAGAGAGACGACGGGAGUGAGUUUCGUGGAGCGCAUGUGCUUAUGGAGACGAAGUGGUGAAAGUCUCCCUAUAAAUAUCUUGGUGCCCCAUAAUAACAAUACCCACGCUUGGUUGUCAACAUUGCUGACUCCAGAGGCCUUAUUAUAGAUCUGUGCAUUCCGAGUGUUGGUGGAUGUUUGUCUCCAACAGUGUGCUUAGUUAAUUGACUUGACCCAUGUAUACAUACGUGCAUAUGGCAGACUAGCAGAUUCAAAUGUGGGAUGUUAAACAUACAUCAUAAUAUCUCAGUUACCCAUAAUAACAAUAACCACACUUGGCUGUCAACAAUCGCUGACUCAGAUACAUAUUUGUCUGCUAACAGUGUGCUAAGUUAAUUAACACGACUCGUGUAUACAUACAUAUGGCUUCCUAACAGAUUCAGAUGGGGCAUACUAAUCGUGUAUCAUAAUAAAAAAUAAGGCAAGUGCACGGCGGUUCCCUUAUCUGUGUGGCAGUCAAGAGCCAAUUGUCGAAGUUCCACAUCCCUGUAGCAGGAUUCACUCAUUGUAUGGCACCACCACCAUUGGCUUCCUAAAAAGCGGUACGUCCUUUAUCCACCCAAUGGGGGUGAAGAGCUGAGUUUGAUACCCAAAUAGAAUAUGAACUCGCAGAUUUUAGUUGUUCAGUUUAUUGCUGUGACCACAGAGCCAUCUGGCCCGUUAACUGCACAGCUGUGCAUAAACAUUUUUUAAAAUAUAUAUAAGCGUUCUUGCCUUACAGAUUUAGAAUUUUCAUGUUCACCAUCUGAAUAUUUUAAAGUUAUCUUAGUGCAAUGCUAAUGCUAUGUAUUGGGCUAAUUUUUGAUGACUUAACGAUUAAACCUGUUAAGGAUGCUUUAUGUGACUGUCACAAGACAAGUCACAUGGCUCGGACUAUUCCAACAUGCCAGUGAAUUCAUGCACAGUAAUGCGUGUACUGUAUGUGAUUAUUGCCCACUUGUCAUGCACAGCCACAGCCUUGGAAGACUUGCAUACAAACAAUUCAUUUGUCAUGCAAUAUAUCAAUUAGAGUGUUAUACAUUGCAUGGAAUUUAUAUAUGAACAGACACAAUGCACAACACAAGUCAUGUUAAGCGUCGACCUAACCAAAAGAGUAUAAAAUGUCUAAUAAUAAGUAUGUGGCCUUUUUAUAGCAUUUUCAGAAAACUUUGUGGCGAUAGCAGAACAUGAUUCUUGUUGCCAAGGACUGGGCGACAACCUUGAAUGUCAAUGCUCGUACGUUUACAGCAGCAUCGUGGCCCUAACUGCAGAUCAAUCUUUAAUAGGCGACAGGAUACGUUUGUGAACAAGGACAACCAGGGAGGAAAGCUGUAACGUGACUACCGUGCACUCGUCUAGGUUCACGGUGAAAGAUUAUCCGAAUAUUGUCAGUCUUAGAGUCACAUCUUAAUGAAAGCCAUUCAUUGUUGGCAGAAGUUAAAUGUGUUUGUUGACACUUGUCUUGGUGUUACAGUUCAUGCGCCUGUAGGGAAUAUGUCUGGUGGGUUUGAAAAUGCUGGCUUCAUUUUGUCAGAAUUGGUCUCUACUUCGCACUUUACCAUGCGUUGGUGUUCUUGAGAAAAAUAUUUGUUUAAAAAAAUAUUUGCUGUGUUUGUGAGAUGCGAGAAGUCUGUUUUGAUUGCUCUAUCUGCUGUUUUUGUUUGCUGUAUUUGCCGUUAUAUUUUGUGAUGGAAAAUUUAAAUCCAAUUUUCAUUGUUACAAGAAAACCCAGUACGUACUGUAGAUUGCUUCUAUAAAAUAACUCUGAACACUGGAUAAUUCCCAAGUCCACAAAAAUUUCAUUGUCCACAGCUCAUUUGCCAUCACCUCUGGUGCUUCAUGAAAUCCAUUUCUGUGCGCAAGGUCACGUUAUUAAUCAUGCAGCUGUGCGUGUUGAUGUAUUUACUCAGCAUGUAUCUUGUGCUUGCCUUGGUGACAUAUAUCUGUGUUAAACUGUUGAACAUUUAUUUUCUGCUUGUUCAUUAUAAGUGCCUGUCAUCAAAGUAUAACAUAUAAUCUAAUUAUAACUGGCAGGUAUUGUACAUACUGUAGUUCCUAACAACUUAACGCAGCCAGACUGCAAUGGAAGCAUCUGUUGAAAUGUGGAACAUGUAGAAUCCCACGUCUAAUAUUAUUUCAUUGCCUGUGUUGAUCAUGUUUUUUCUGUUGGUUUUAUAGUGCGACACAGUCAAGUGUGUUUAAGCUAUACAGUGCAUUGCUACAAUAAAAACUAGUUUAAAAUA